AAAAACAAUUGAAUAAUCAACUAUAGUGUGCAUAUUCAUUCAUUCAUUGAUGAUAUUUAUCACUAUCACUAUCGAUCUGGUUUUUUGGAUUUGAUUGAAAGAUCAUUGACAAUUUUCUCUCAGGCCAAUAGCAGCCAAACAUUUUUAAAAAAAUCUCAACAACAAUGUAUUAUUAUACAUCAAAUAAUCAUUAUCAUCAUUUAAAAAUGGCUAAAUCAAUAUUAUUCAUAAUAAUAAUUAUAAUGAUUAUUAUACAAUUAAUUAAUGGACAACAAAAUCCAACAAUAUCAUUUAUAACAAAAGAACGUGUUACAAGUAUUGGUGAUACAUUAGAUCUUUCUUGUUCAGUGCAAUAUGCAAAAAAUUAUCCAGUUAUAUGGGCAAAAAUUGAUCAAUUUAAUCCAAAUAAAAUUUUAUUUAUAUCAAAAGGUGCAUCAUUAAGUGUACCAGAUCAUCGUUAUUCAAUUAGACAUGAUGAUGCAUCAUCUACUUAUACAUUACAAAUAUCAAAAAUACAAGAAAUUGAUGCCGGUAUUUAUCAAUGUCAAGUUGUUAUAUCACCAUCAUCAAGAGUUACAGCAAAUGUAAAUGUUUAUGUACGAAUACCACCGGUAAUUAGUGAUAAUAGUACACGUAAUAUGAUAACAUCAACAGGUGAAUCAAUACAAUUAGAAUGUUAUGCAUUUGGUUAUCCACAACCAAGUAUUAGUUGGCGUCGUGAAAAUAAUGAUCUAUUACCAACUGGUGGAUCAUUAUAUAAAGGAAAUAUAUUAAUUAUACAUAAUAUUACUAAAGCUGAUCGUGGUACAUAUUAUUGUAUUGCUGAUAAUAAUGUUGGUUCGGGUGCAAGAAGAAAUGUUGUUGUUGAAGUAGAAUUUCCACCAAGUGUACAUGUUGAACGACCACGUUAUGAUCAAGCAAUUAAUUUUGAUAUUAAUCUACAAUGUAGUGUUGAAAGUUAUCCACCACCAACAAUACGUUGGUUAAAAGAUGGUAUUGAAAUACAGGAUUCAUCACAUUAUCAAAUGUCAAUAUUUACAACAUCACAUGAUUAUACUGAUUCAGUAUUAAGAAUUAAAAAUAUUCAACAACAACAUUAUGGUCAAUAUAUUUGUCAUGCAACAAAUAAACUUGGUUCAAGUCAACAAUUAAUUGAAUUAUUUGAAUCAGUAACACCUGUUUGUCCACCAGCUUGUAAUGGUAAUUUUGCUAGUUUUGGUUAUUCAUUUGCAACAUCAACAAUCAAUUAUUAUCAAUCAACAAUAUUAUGGCUAUUUUCAUCUAUUAUUAUUUUAAUUGUAUCGUUUUGUUCAACAAUACGGCAAUAAUCAAAUCAAAUCAAAUCAAAACAUUUCAA